AUGGAGGCCGAACACAACAGCAAGCUUCGAUCCGAAGAGGACGGUGGCUCGGUGGACAAGGCAAUCCACGCCACCGCAGAUGGCCACGCCGAUGUGGUCUCCGCCACCGAGCGGGCGCACCUCAAGCAAGGACUGGAGCAGCGUCAUCUCUCGAUGAUUGCGCUCGCCGGCUCCAUUGGUACAGGUCUCUUCCUUUCGCUCGGCGGGUCGAUCCAGACGGGCGGGCCCUUGGGCGCACUGCUAGGCUACGCGGUCGUUGGAGCCAUUGUCUGCGCCGUGCAGUUCGCACUGGGCGAAGUGUCGGCUCUCCUGCCUGUGACAGGCUCCUUCGUUCGACAUGCCGACUAUCUCAUCGACCCCGCGUGGGGCUUCGCCGUCGGCUGGAACCUGGUAUACGGCAACGUCCUUUCCAUCCCAUCAGAGAUCUCUGCUAUCUGCGUCCUGUUCCAAUUCUGGACCGACAUCAACUCGUCGCUAUGGAUCAUGAUCUUCAUCGCCCUCACCUUUGCCAUCGGUGUCGUCUUUGUUCGAGCCUAUGGCGAGGUCGAAUUCGCCUUUGCUUCGCUCAAGCUGCUCACCAUUAUUUUCCUCAUCAUUUUCGGCCUCGUCACCAACCUCGGCGGCAUCCCUGGCGUCGAACGCAUCGGCUUCCGAUACUGGAAUACGCCUGGACCCUUCGUCGAAUACAUCGGAACCGGCCCAUGGGGCCGCCUCCUCGGAUUCUGGUCUGUCAUGACCUCAGCGGUUUACAGUUUUGCAGGCUGUGAAAGUCUCGCCAUGGCCGCGGCCGAGACGAGGAACCCCGGCCGCACCAUCCCGAGGGCGUGCAAGAGGGUGUUCUUCCGCAUCGUGCUUUUCUACAUGCUUGCGGUGCUCGUCGUCGGAAUGCUGGUCGCCUCGGAUGACGAUCGACUCAACGACUACUCGGGCACGGCUGCGCAGUCGCCAUUCGUCAUCGCGGUUUCCGCAGCGGGCUACUCUGCUGUCGGCUCGGUGAUCAACGCCAUUGUCAUCACGUCGGCAUGGUCUUCCUCGAAUCAGGCCUUGCUGUCGGGCACGCGAGUCCUGUACGCUCUCGCGCUGAAGCGUCAAGCGCCUCGCUUCUUCCUUCGCACGACUUCGUGGGGUAUUCCGAUCUACUGCGUCCUCUUCUUCACGGCGUUCAUGUUCCUCAGCUUCAUGACGCUGUCGUCGGGCGCGCUGACCGUCUUCUACUGGUUUGUCAGCCUGACUGCCGCGGGUACACUGGUCUCGUGGUCGACUGUGCUGCUGAACCACAUCCGGCUCAAGACUGCGCUGCGCCGACAGAGCAUCUCGGCGUCUGAGCUCCCGUGGAACAACGGCUGGACGCUGUACUCGAGCUACGUCGCGCUGGUCAUGUGCUUGGUGAUCCUAUUCACCGGCGGAUUCAGCGUGUUCACUGCUGGCAGGUGGAACGCCAACAGCUUUGUCUCGAGCUACCUCGACAUUCCGCUCGUUAUCGCGUUCUUCGUCGGCUGGAAGGUGAUCAAGAAGACCAAGUGGGUCAAGCUGGAGGACCUGCCGUUGCGAGAGGCGAUCGAGCAGGCCAGGGAGCGAGCUCAGCAGGCCGAGAUGGAGCAGGAGGCUGAAGAUGCGCUGAAGGGAGACAGGCGCUGGCUGAAGUUUAUCAGCUGGAUCUGGGACUGA